AAGGCGGCAUUGGAGCUACUAAGUUUUUUUUCGAAUAAAUUUACCCAUAAAACCAUUAAAUAUGGAACACCACAUAAAUUUAUAUAAUGAUCUUCGAUCCCAAACACCACACCACAAAAGAAUAAAUCGAGAGUUGCGAGAAGCCAAUCGCAAUAAGCAAAGAAGGGAUAGAUUUCAAAAUUCCAGAAAUAUUUCGGUUAGUCCUGUGCGGCACAAACAAAUUAUAAUUCCAUUGUGUUCGGAUGGUAAAGAGAAUGAGGCCGAGGAGGAAAAUCGGAAUACAACCCGUUUAGCAAAAUUAGUGUGUAACACAAAUAAUCCUGAGAAGUUAACAAAACAGGAAGAGUUUUUGAAGCGGUUUGUAGAAUGGAUGGACAAGAAAAAAAACAUGAAAAAGGAGAAAGAGGGAACUAACAAAAAGAAGCCAUUUAUAGCGGUUGUAAAUAGUGCCAGCAAGCCAGCUGCGUCUACUUCAUUAGUACCAAGAGGACAUCAUGACGGUUUUCGCCCGCCAGUUUUAAAAAAUCCCAUAGAAAAAGUAAAGGCUGAUGCAACUAAAGCUGGCGUAAAAGGCAGACCAUCAAUAUACACAGUGGUGCCCACUCCACCGAGAAAAACUAAAGAGACCGAUGAAAAAUUAAAAAAAAAAUUUCCAAUUGCCAGAAAAGCAUUGCCUACAAAUUUACACACAAAGAUUUUAAAUUCAAAUAAAACACCAAACGUUGCUGCCACAAACUUGCAAACAAAUCAUGUAAGCUCAAAUAAAACACCAAACGUUGCAGCGACAAGUCUAACCAGAGCUGGCAGUAAAUUGAACCAUAAAACACCAUUGGACAAUCAAAAACCUAUGGUGCGAAAAAUUUCUGCUACGAAAUCUGCGUUUGAAACUAAAACUAAAAUUGCAACUGCAACCAUGCCACCACCACCACCUUUAAGGUCAAAACUAAAGCCCCGUGCUUUAAAAAUGCCACCUCCUCCAAAGUCGGCUGCAAAAAAAGCUUUAGAAAUUAAAAAAUCCGAUGACGCUUCAAAUAAAGCAAACGGGCAGACGGUCGCAGCUAAAUUAAGAAACAUGAAUUCAAAACGUCUAGAAAACGUAAAACCAACAAAGAAAUCUCCUUUAAAACGCUUGGCACAAAAUUUAAAGGCCAAAAAGCCUUUAAAUACUUCUAAAAAAAUAAAUGUACCCAACGUACAGGUUAAUGGUAAACAAAUUAUAAAUUUACUUAAAACAAACAACCAAGACAUGGUAAUUCAAACGCCAAAAGAUUUCACUUUAAAUCCCUUCGAAGAGUUUGUCACAUCCACAAAGUUGAGAAAUUCUAGCCAAAAUAUGGACAAUUUACAAGGCGAAGAAGGCAUAAGUCCUAUAGAAUCAUCUCCUAAAAGAGAGCCCGUAGUUAAGAAAUUUAAUUUUAUGCGAUAUUCCGAAGCGGCUGAUAAUGAUCACAAUGACAGCGAUGAUCUUGAAGGAAAGGUGGAGUUAGAUGGAGAUAAUAAGACCUUAGUGCCAGCAGCAGCAAUCGAAGAAAAAACUCCAACGAAAUCUGGUCCAGAAGAAAGACCCGCCAAUUAUUUGAGUCCAUUCGUUAGUGUCACCCGUGGUAAGGUCAGUUUGAAAAGGGAGAAAGAAAAGCGCAACAGUGUAUAUCUACAAUCUCCUGCUGCAGAUAAUGAUUUGCCUACGGAAAGUAAUAGUCCCAAAACAUCACCGAAAUAUUCAGUCGAAGUCCGUAGAACUCUAGAGGCUGUGCGGUAUUUCCGCCAACAAUUGCAAAAUGAAACUGAUAGACUACAUCAGCUAUGUGACGUUUGGGAAACUUAUAAAAAUGAAAAUCUUGAAAAAAUACAAAAUGCCAAUGGUGAAGAUAUGAUCAAUGUAACGAUUGGUCAAAGUCGCCUCUUGACAAGCAAGAAAUUUAUGCAGUUUAAAGGUUUAAUAGACCGCUGUGAGGCCGGUGCUACGGGCAUAGGCGAUGUUGAGAACGAUGGUAGUGAGGCCACAAAACCUAUAAAUUCUGUGGAUUUGGAAGGAUUUUGGUCCAUGUUAGGUUUGCAGGUUGAUAAUCUGGAGAAACGGUUUGACAGUUUAAAUCGCUGGAAGUUAAAUGAUUGGUCCGAUCCAGAUGAGGUAAAAUCCAAACCCAAAAAGAAUUUAACAAAAGUUAAAAAAGCCAAAGCGGCUCCAGCUGCUAAAGCCAAACCUAAUUCAGCAUUACAACAAAUGUUGCGCAAAAUGCAGGCAGAAAUGCGCAAAAAUAAGAACAAGAAUAAUGAGAUCAGCGGAGAUGUUGUGUUAACACCAACAAAACAAAGACGUUCUGCAAACAGCAAUAAUUCAACUCCACGCAAAUCUUUAGAUAGUAGCUCAACACGCCGUCUAUCUAUAGUAGUAAAAGAUCGAAAAUAUUUCUCUCCUGCCGCUACAGUCAUUUCAGUUUCCUCACCACAUCGUAGGUCAUCUAUAUUGCAACAAAAGUCUUCACAAGACUCUCCAAAAAUGCUGAAGCAUAUAGAAAAAUUCCAAGAAGCUUUGGGCAAUAUCCAAUCGCCUUUCGAUCUAAGAAAAUCGGUUUUAAUGAAUGGAAACCCAAGACGCAUGAGUUUUAACCCACAAUCGCCUAUGAUGGCUUUGGAUACUGUCGCCGUAAAUGGCGACAAUGAUGACGUGCCAACUUCAAGCCAUAUGGUUAUAUCCACAGAGUCACCUCAGCGUUCGCCGGUACCCACAGGACGUAAAUCAAUUUUAAAGACUCCAGGAACGGCUAAAAGUAGGCUACGCAAUGUAAUUUUUAACGAAAAACUGCGCGUGAAAAAGUUUAAUUUCAUACUCAAUGAAGAUGAUUCGUUGAAUGGAGCUAAUGAUGCCAAUGACUCUCACGAAGAAGACUUGGCUCAAAGGGAAGAUGAACCACAACGUACGUUGACAUUACGCAACCGUAAAGUACGAUUGCGUCCAUCCUGUGAAAUUGUAAUACCUUCUUUGCCUCCUAAAUAAAAUAAUUUACUUCAUUUAUAUUAUUUUAAACAUUUUAUUAUUUUUUGUAUAUUCUGUUGCAUUUUUAAAUACAUAUUACAUAUAAAUCGAAGUAGAUUUUUAUUGCACUACAAAGAUGUAAGAAAGUAACAUAAAAUUACAAAAAAAAAAUCUUAUUACUAUUUAUCCUUUUUGUUUUGAUUGUUUGAAUCACUGUCAAUGUUUUAUUUUUACUUAAUAAAUAUUAGUUUGAAGCAAAAA